AUGUCAUGUUUUGCGCCGGCCACUGCAGGUCCACGACCCUGCGCAGCAGGAGUGCCGUGGAGUCCUGGGAAUGCGCCGUAUCCGAAUGGCACCACCAUGCCGUUGCAGCAUGUGAGAGCAUAUGGAGGCUCACCUCAAGGUGUCGCACCUGGCCAGGCGCCAAGCAUCGGCUUGCAGGCCGAUGGUCUACAAGCAGAGGUGGCGCGGCGCAAGGCUGCAGAAUCGCGUGUCCAGGAACUUGAGGCAUUGGUGGCUCGACUCCAGAACCGCGUCGCAGUUCUUGAGGCUGAGGGAAAGCCGAAAGGUGGGCCUCGGCGUUCGGCUCCGGCACGCAAGCAAGACGCUGAUGCGCAGGUCUCUGCAGAAGAUGAGGAGGAAGAUUCCAUCGACACUGCGAUUCGAACGUACCUGGAACACAAUCCAGACUUUCCUGUGUCCAUCCAGAAGGUGGCGCCAAAUUACUACGUGUUUGGCGAUCGCGGAACAGUCUACAUUCAGCAAAGAGGUGAGCAUGUUGUCGUCCGAGUUGGUGGUGGCUACAAAUCCUUACAGGUCUUUAUGGAUGCCGGGGUCCCAGAGACAGCACCUUUUCGAAGUUGCAUGGUGCCGGAGUGUAUGUUUCGGAACUUAGCUGAUAGGAGCUCGUCGAUGGAACUGGAUGCCGGCCAGGUCGUGGCAGUGUUGGUGGCCAUGCUAAUCUUCUUAGCAAUUUGGGCAAUUUUGCGGCCGCGUGGUUUUGCAACACAGCUGUGUACCUGCAGCUUCGUCAUGUCCUUGGUAUGCACCCAGCUCCUGAUGAAGAAUUUGGGAUCGGGCGACCUUAACUUCAGAUAUCCAGCAACUGUCACGAGCUUGCACUUCGUUUUUAUUUGGCUGACGAGCUGGAUGUUUUGGGCCACCCGCAAGCAGUUUGACAAGUGCAGGCCGAGCUCGCUAGGUUCAGUCAGGCGCUAUGCCAAGUACGUCCUCCCAAUUGCUGCCAGCCUGCCACUUUCCAUCGCACUAAAUAACACGUCCCUUCUGUAUAUGGGGGCUGGACUUGUGGGCAUCAUUGGUACGCUGGCGCCUAUCAUUACUGCGGUUUUGACCCACUGCCUAGGACGUCGGAUUAACAAGACUGGCUGGAUCGGGGUCGGUGUUGCAAGUCUGGGUGCUACUUGCAUUGGGGCUGGUGAACUGAAGGACCAUCGAGAGACGAAUUCGGUAGCCUUGGGCCUUAUCUUUUGUACCGCCUCCGUCUUCCUAAGGGCUGCCAAGGCCGUUCUGCAAGAUCAGCUUCUGGAGCCUACGGCCUACAAAGCAGAAAACAAGCAAAACGAAGACAAGGAUGACAAGUCGGAUCUGGAAGGUGGUCCGCCCCCUCCGCCUGCCUUGAUCGCCUUAUCUCCGAUGCACGUCUGGGCACUGCAGGCACCCCCUUGCACGCUAUGGGCAGUGACCUACGCCCUGUUUACCGAAAGCCCGCAGCAAGCCGUGGCCGCUGCAACGCCCCAGGUUGCGCACAUGAUCCUUCUGACCUGCAUCACAGCCACUAUUUUGAAUGUGCUGGGCAUGACGACGAUGAAGCAGCUCGGAGCUAGCUCCAUGCAGAUAAUAGGCAAACUCAACACCAUCAUACUCCUGGCAUUUUCGAUGGGCUUCUGGGGUGAGAGGUUGCCGCAGGAAGUUCUGAUUGGGACAUGUUUCGUGCUUGCUGGCGUGGCUAUCUUUGAGCAGCGAGGCGCUUGCCCAAACAUAAUUGAUUGCUUGGACACUGCAGGGACGGACUGA